AUGUGGUCCUUCUUACUUCUCCUGUAUUUAGGAUCUGUACAGUGCGACUACAAAUAUGAUACGAAGUACUUCAAGGUGCCGCUUGACCACUUCGGUUUCCAAAGAAACGAAACGUUUAACAUAAAAUACUUGGAGAACGAUGAGAACUGGGACCGCGGUUCUGGGCCUAUCUUUUUCUAUACCGGCAAUGAGGGUCAAAUAGAAUUGUUUGCAAAGCACACAGGUUUUAUGUGGGAAAUCGCACCUAACUAUCGAGCUAAGAUUGUGUUUGCAGAACACAGAUACUAUGGAUCAUCGAUGCCGUUCGGUAAUAAGUCUCUAGAUAACGAGCACAUAGGAUAUCUAACAGCUGCGCAAGCGCUGGCAGACUACGCCAAACUAAUUGACUACCUACAAGGAGGCGCGUUGCAUCCUAGAUAUCCAGUAAUAGCAUUUGGCGGAUCAUACGGAGGUAUGUUAGCAGCGUACUUCAGAAUGAAAUACCCUCAUGUAGUGGUAGGUGCCAUAGCAGCAUCAGCACCAGUUCAUAUGUAUCCUGGAAUGGUGCCGUGUGAUGUCUUUAGUAGAAUUGUUACCUCAAGCUUCAAGAUAGCCAACGCGAAAUGUGUAGAAAAUGUUAAACAUUCCUGGCCACUUAUCAGGAAGUACGUUGCAAAUGCUACAACCAGCGAAUGGCUCCACAAGACCUGGAAAUUGUGUGAUCCCAUCAAAGAUGGCAAAGAUACCGAUACUUUAAUCCAGUUCCUACAAUCAAUGUACGAAACGCUAGCAAUGGUGAACUAUCCUUUUCCCUCGGACUUUCUCGUAUCGCUUCCAGCACAGCCAGUACGAGUCGUAUGCCAGUUCUUAAAUGAAUCUCUUACCGAUGAGAAGUUACUUGAAGGCAUCGGCAAAGUACUGCAGACUUUUACAAAUUACGAUGGCAAAAGCUCUUGCGUUGAUUAUAAAAAGGGAAGUGAUUAUGGCAACCUUGACGCUAGUGGGUGGGAUUACCAGGCGUGUACCGAAAUGAUAAUGCCAAUGUGCACGACAGGAAAAGAUGACAUGUUUGAACCUUCUCCUUGGAAUUUUACUACAUAUUCAGAGGAUUGCCACAAAAAGUACAACGUGUACCCACGACCAGAUUCUGCAAGAAUUGAAUACGGAGGCGACAGGCUUCAGGCUGCUUCUAAUAUUGUUUUUAGUAACGGCCUACUAGAUCCAUGGGUCGGAGGUGGAAUACUUAAUAGCAUCAGUAAAUCGGUAACUACUGUAGUGAUAAUAGAUGGAGCACAUCAUUUGGAUCUGAUGCCGAGUACUCAAAGUGAUCCAGCAUCAGUACAAAUGGCUAGGUCUAUUCACAGGCAAAACAUAGACAAGUGGAUUAGAGAAUUCAGAGAGCAAUGGAGAACUAAACCUUAA